AUGCCAUAUAAAGAGGGUGAAAAAUGUAGAACAAGAAGUGUGGUUGUUGGCUCCCCAUCCUCCCCCGGCCUGCUGUCUGUGGCUGAAUCCAGCCAGCUCAGCCAAUCAGCCCCCAGCAUCAUGGAACCACUACUGUGUUCAAACACUAUGAUCCAGGCCAGGGCACACAUCCAGACCCGACUGGGUUCUCAAGACACUGGAAAUGAACAAAAGCUCUCGCAGGGUCUCUUGCAUCCCAGAACACCCAAGCUGUUGGCACCACUAGACACCAGGCCCAGGGACAUUGGGGCUCUGCCAGUACUAAAGCCCCACGUUCCCCUGAAGCCCAUUAGUGGUAGCCCCCUUUGCUCCAGGACCCGGCUGAGGAGAGAGAGGCUGUCCCGGGGCAGCCCACGCACUGGCACUCUGACCACUAAGGGUGGCAGUGAGGAGAGUGGAUCCAGCAGCAGCCAGAGUUCCAUUGAUUUGGAGGAUGAGGAGGAGGAAGACAAGAGGGAUAUGCAUGAGAGAGCCUCAGGAGAAAACCAUCUGAAGUUUGUUGGAGACGGUUUGUUGCAGCAUUCAAACGAUGUGAGCUCCGCCGAGGCUGAUUUGGUUGGGGAGACAAUGUGGCAUUUUAAUGUUCAGUCGAGGAUCAGUCACAUUCCAGCGAUCCAUAAAUCAGCACAUAACCUGGAUGGAGAGCCUAUCAAUCACACAAGUGACCUUCUCAUCACUGAAAAAGCUAUAAACUCUCACUGUGAAGUCAAAGGCACCACAAAAGAGCCUGUUGACAGUCAGUCCUUUAUGAAAUUUAAUGAUGCACAACGAGGAGACAGUAUGAAUCCUACUAAAGACAAAGUGGACGAUGAAAUACCUAUCACAUCAAAGUCUAAGGAGGAAAAGAAUAAUGUUGGCGAAAGCACAGAGCCUGAAAACGGGGUUAGCCAAGGGACAACAUUUAAUAUGAAUGAUGACCUGUGUGAUGCUAUUAAAUCCUCUGAAGGGAAUUACAGACAUUACCUGCAGCAUAUAAAACAGACAGAAAGAACAAUGAAGGAUUCCUGGUAUGAAGAAGCCCGGGUAGAUAACCCAGUCCCUCAUAGAAAGGAUAUAAAGUUAAAUACUAGUACUGCUGAGAAGAGAACUGAGUUAUUUACUUCAGCUGUAACCCAUCCCCAGUCAGACAUGAAGGAGAGAGACGAGAAGGUGUUGAAAGUGUUAAAGCCUAUCCGGAGCAAGGAGAGACGAACCAGCAUUUGUAUGACUAUUCAAACGAACCAGCAGUCCUUGCUAGCGCACAAAGACAGAAGCAUCCUAAAUAAAUUGUCCAAAAGCAAUCUGAAGUACUCCUCACUUUCCACACAAGUUAAAGAUAAAACCAGGAAAACCCCUGACCUAGUAAUUAAUGGAGAGACAGUCACAAAGGUAAAACCAAAGCUUAAAUCUGUUAAAAGUGCUCAUUGCAACACUGGCACCCCAUCCCCACGAAAGAAAGUGAGUGAUCAUGCACAAAGCAAAAGAGCAAAUCCUGACAAGUUGAGCAGCAACAGCGUUCAACAGCACUCACCGGCGAGGGAGCUGAAGAGCAUCCGGCAGUUGAAGAGACCCGGUCUUGCAGGGACACCAAGGUCUAAAUCUGCUGUGGACUUCAUCACUUACAAAGACAUGUUUCAGCAGAUACAGAGUGGGGAGGAAGGACCAGCCAUCUAUGAGAUGUUUGCUGGUCCUAUCUUCGAUAACCUCCGAGUUUCCAGCUCUUGCGAGAAAGUGAAGGACCGGCAAGUGCAGUCAGCUAAAGUCAAACACAGACCAUUGAAACAAGCACAGAGUAAACUGAAGAGAAGUCCGGGGGAGAGAAUGGUGGUUUCAGCUAAAAGCAAACCAAGACUUGCAUCCUCUAGGGUGAAACAUAACCUCACACCUGUAUCAAAGAAGGGCCCACACAAAAUUAAGGAUGUGGGGGAGCACAAAGAGACUGAGUUAGUUCUCUCCAAUGAUGUUGACACUAAUCGCACUAGUGCUCAUGAAAAGAUACGGGUCUGA